AUGAUAUCAUCAACAUCAUUUUCAUUAAUAACAAAAAAUUAUGAUAAUUUGUCAACAUUAUUAUCAAUUUCAACAUCGACUAAUUGUUCAGAACAAGAAGAAAUUGCUCGUCUAUUACAAUUAUAUACCUAUCCAUUUCUAUUAACAAUUGGUACAAUUGGUAAUUUAUUAUCGUUAAUUGUUUUAUUACAAAUGCGUUCACAUAGUGUCUACAGAUAUUUAACGUUUAUGUCUAUAGCUGAUACAGCUUUAUUAUAUACAGGUCUAUUACGAGAUUUACUAUUAUCAUCUAAUUUACAUAUUCAUAUUCAAGGAAAUUUAUUAUGUAAAAUACAUGUAUUCUUUUUCUAUAAUACAUUUCAUUUAUCAUCUUGGUUUCGUUGUUGUUUAAAUUUGGAUCGAUAUGUAGCUGUUAAAUUUCCAAUAUAUACUUCAAAAUGGUGUAGAACAAAACAAGCGUGUAUUAAUACGUGUAUUAUUAUUGUUCUUUUUUCAAUACUUAAUUUUCAUUUAAUUUUAUUUGUUCAUGGUGAUACAAAUUCAUCAAAUAUUUCAUCAUUAACAACAGUAAAUCCAUUUCAAUAUCAAAAAUGUUAUUUAUAUGAUCAUUAUCAACAAUUUUUUUUAACAAUUUAUUCAUGGAUAGAUAUGUUUGUUGUUACUAUAAUACCAUUUUUAUUUAUUAUUUUAUGUAAUUUAACGGUAAUAAAUCGAGUAUUUAUUGUUCGACAAAUUAGCUCUAUUAAAUCAAAACAAACACAUCAUCAUGUAACAAGAUCAAAAGCAACAAAACGUUUAAGAUCAUUAUGUUUAAUAAUGAUAUGUAGUUCAAUUGUAUUUGUAGCUACUACUUUACCCGUUACUGCAUUUAUUAUUGAUUUAAAUACUCAUAAUGUAACAGAAGAUAAACUACGUUGUCGUAAAGUACAAUGGACAAUAUAUAAUAUUUUAAUGUAUUUUAAUUAUGCAUCAAUUCUUACAUAUUGUUUAUCUGGUACAGAAUUUCGUCAUGUAUUUAUACAAACAUUAACAUGUUUUAAUUAUCAAUCAGCAUUAGCAUCAUUAUUAAGUAAAGAUAUUCAAAAACAAAAUAAAAAAAAUAGUAGACAAAGACAUUCUCAACAACAACAACAAAAUAAAUAUAUGAUUACAUCAUCAAAUUAUCAGACACGUCAACAAACUCCAUCUAGUCAUUGGGGUCAUUUUUUUCUACCAUUUAGAUUAGCAUACAAUAGAAAUCAUUUAAAUGAUCGAAGAAAAUCAUCAUUAUCUAUGUGUCCAAGUCAUGCUAUUGAUCAUGAACCAAGUAUUAUUAAUCAUAAUAAUAAUUCACCACCAAAAAAUCAAAUUAAUAUACGAAAAACAUAUUUACAAAUAAAUCCAACAUAUCAUCAUCAUCAUAAUAAACCAUGGUAUCAUCCAAAAGCCAUGCAUAUCAAAGAAAUUGUGUUAGAAGGUUUUAAAUCGUAUGCAUCUCGAACAACAGUUGGCCCAUUUGAUGAAUAUUUUAAUGCUGUGACCGGUUUGAAUGGUAGUGGCAAAUCUAAUAUUCUCGAUUCAAUAUGUUUCGUUAUGGGCAUAACAUCAUUGCACCAUGUACGUGCAUCAGGUUUAACAGAUUUAAUCUAUAAACAAGGUACGGCUGGUAUUACUCGUGCGAGUGUAUCAAUUGUAUUCGAUAAUCGUAAUCCUGAUCAAUCACCGGAUGGUUAUAAAAGUCAUCAAGAAUUAACUGUUACACGUAUUAUUGAAACAGGGGGUAAAUCAAAAUAUUUGCUUAAUGGAAAAAUAAUCACUCAAACAGCUAUUCAUGAUUUAUUCAAAAGUGUAUCAUUAAAUGUAAAUAAUCCAAGGUUUUUAAUAUUACAAGGACAAGUAACAAAAGUUAGUCGCUCAAAACCCGCCGAGAUAUUAGGUUUGGUUGAAGAAGCAGCUGGUACAAAAAUGUAUGAUCAAAAGAAGGCGGAUGCAUUAAAAACGAUAGAGAAGAAAAAUGCAAAAUUAAAUGAAAUUCGUCAAGCAAUUGAAGAUGAUAUAACUCCUACUAUAAAUAAACUGCAACAAGACGAAAAAAAUUAUAAAGAUUAUCAAGAAAUUAAAAAAAAAUAUAAAUUAUUACAACAACAAUCGGCUGCCUAUGAUUAUUAUCAAUUAUCGACGAUUGAGAAAGAAUCAGCAAAUGAAAAAAAACAAAUUGAAAACAGUUUAACUGAAUGUAAUGAUCGAAUACAAACAAUAGGAGAUAAAAUUAAACAAAUUGGCAAAGAUGUUAAACAUAUUGAACAGAGUAGAAAUGAAAGUGUUGGUAAUGCUGUAUCUGAAAUGCAAAAAGACUAUGAAAAACAUCAAAGUGAAUUGCGUUCAUUACAAAAUGAAAAUUUAAUAAUUGAAAAACGUAUUAAAACAUUGAAACAACAAGUUGAACAAAAUGAAAAUGAUCAUCGUCAAGGUUUAGUAACAAUUGAAGAUGUGGAAAAAACAAUCAAAGAUAAAGAAGUAGAACUUGAUAAUUUAAAUAAAAAAUUAAAAUUAGAUAUGGAUCAUGUUGUACAAUUACAACAGCGACACUAUGCCGUAACAACUGGUACUAAUACGAUAUCUGAUUCUAAAACAUCAGCUACGAGUGCGAGUGGCACAGUAGUAGAUGAUUCAAAAUUAACAAAUCGAGAAAAGUUAACGAAAUAUAAAGAACAAAAAGCACAAUUGGUAACAUCAAUAAAACAAUUGCAACAACGCUGUGAACAUACAGAAAAAGAAUUGAAAAAAUUACGUAUAGAACAACAACAAGUACAAAAGAAACAAGGUUCCUAUUCAACUAUGAAAACUCAAUAUGAUCAAAAGAAAAAAGGUUUAGAACAAAUUGAUGGGGAUUUAAAACAAUUAAAUUUUGAUUUAAAUAAUAUGAAACAAUUACAAACUGAUUAUCGUCUUGCUGAACAAUUACUUGAUCAAAAACGACAUAAAUUACAACAAUUAAAACGUCAAAAUCAACAUUUAGAUUUUGUUUACAUAGAUCCUGAACAAAAUUUUGAUCGAAAAAGACGUGUACAUGGUCUUGUAGCUUCAUUAUUUACAAUUAAAGAUAAAAAAUAUUCACAAGCAUUAGAAGUGGCUGGUGGAUCAAAAUUAUUCAAUGUUGUUGUUGAUACUGAUAUGACGGGCACAUUAUUGUUAAAAAAAGGCAAUUUAACUCGACGUAUCGUAUUUGCACCAUUGAAUCGUAUUCAAGGUGAUGCUAUAUCAAAACAAAAAAUUGACAUGGCUAAACGUGAAUUUGGUAAUGAUAAUGUUCAUUUAGCCAAAGAUUUAAUUAAUUAUGAUAAAAAAUAUGAACAAUUGAUUAAUUAUGUAUUUGGUCGUUAUGUUAUAUGUGCCGAUACGACAAUAGCUGGUCGAGUAGCAUUUGAUGAAAAAUUAGGUCUAAAUGCUUUUUCUGUUACAUACGAUGGGGAUACGUAUAAUCCAGCUGGUAUUUUAAGUGGAGGUUCAAAUGAUAAACAAUCAAAACAAAAUUUAUUAGAUGUUGUCAAUGAACUGAAUAUUGUUGAACAAGAAUGUGAACAACAAAUACAAAAAAAUAUGCAAUUAAAAUCUGAAUUACAAAAGUUAGAAAUGAAUUAUGGAAAAUAUCAGGAUUUUACACAAAAAUUAAAUAGUUUAACUCAAGAAUUAAAUUUAUUAGAAAUUAAUUUACAACAAAAUGAUGAACAUCGUCUACAAACAGAUAUUCAACAUCUUGAACAAGAUUAUGAUAAAUUUAAAGGUGAAUUAGUUGAAUAUCAAGAGCAAGAAAAACAAUUAACAAUAAAAAUAAAUGAUUUGGAAAAAGCAUUUAAAAAUGAACAUGAAGCAAAAGCAAAAGAAUUAAAAGAUGUUGAACAACUAUUACAAAAAGCAGAAAAACAGAUUGAUUUAACAAAUAAACAAAUAAGAGAAAAAGAAUAUGAAAUUAAAGAUCUUCAAAUGCAAUUAGAAGAACAUCGUAAAGAUAAUGCUCAAUUACAAGAAGAUCUUAAUCAAUUACAGCAACAAAUUCAACAAAAUGAAAAGUCAUUUAUUGAAUCAAAAGAGAGUAUAACUGAAAAGAAACAUGAUGUUGAUGAAAUAUUGUCAGAAUUAACAAAAAAACGUGAAAAAUUAACAGAUUUUAAUAAUCAAAUUCAUCUUCUAAAUCAAGAAGAACAAGAAUUAAUUAAAGAACGUCGUCAACGAGAAAUAUUAAUGGAAGAAUAUCGACAUAAGUUAACUGAUAUUAAAAAGGCUGUACAUGAUUCAACAAAGAAAUGUCAAUUAUUAUUAGAAGAAGAAAAAAAUUUUAAUCAACCAAAUACACUGUACGAUUUUCAACAUUUGGAUAUUCCACGUAUGAAAAAACAAUUAAAUGAUUUGAAAGAACGAUUAACAAAUUUAUCGAAAAAUGUUGAUGAACGUUCAAUGACCUUAUUAGAACAAAAACGAACAAUGUAUAAACAAUUGUUAACAAAACAAAAGAAAGUGUUAAAAGAUAAAGCAAAUAUUGAAAAAGUUGUACAAGAUUGGGAUAAGAAAAAACAAGAUGCAUUACGAAUAGCAUGGGAAAAAGUCAAUAAAUCAUUUGGUGAAAUAUUUUCAACAUUACUACAUGAUUCAAAUGCUAAAUUAACAUCUCAUAAUGGUCAUUAUGAUUAUGAAAAUGCUCCAAAAGAUCUUGUAUUAAGUGGUCUUGAAAUUAAAGUCAAAUUGGGUCCAUUAUGGAAAGAUACAUUGGAUGAAUUAAGUGGUGGUCAACGUUCAUUAGCUGGUCUUUCAUUAGUAUUAGCAUUACUGACAUAUAAUCCAGCACCAUUAUACAUCCUAGAUGAAGUUGAUGCCGCUCUCGAUAUGUCACAUACACAAAAUAUUGGAUUAGUUAUUAAAAAAAAUUUUCGUAAUGCUCAAUUUAUUAUUGUUUCAUUAAAAGAUGGAAUGUUUUCUAAUGCAAAUGUUUUAUUUACAACUAAAUUUAUGAACGGUAUAUCAAAUGUUGUUCGAGCUGAAAAUAAAAAAAAAGAUUAA